AUGAGGCUAGAGCACGGGCGGCGGGCUUCUCUGGCGCUCACCCUCAACUUCGUGGCGUUUGCGUUUGCCUUAUCAGCGGUGACCACCAGCUACUGGUGCGAGGGGACCAGGAAGGUGGCCAAACCCUUCUGCACAGGGCCGCCGAUGAAAGCGAAGCAGUGGUUCUGCAUCCGCUUCAACAGCACCAACAUCAACGACACUCGGCUGGUGCAGUACAUCUUCGAGACGGGGGAAGAGAAGUUCCUGCUGAGGAAAUUCCAUGCAGGCAUAUUUUUCUCCUGCGAGCAGACCGCCGACAUGAACGGGUUUGACUGUCGGGACUUCGCAGAGAUCGCACCAGAACAUGAAAGAGGGGUCUUGUGGUUGUGUAUCGUUGCUGAGACUCUGUACCUCACCCUGCUCUUCACAGGGGGCGCUCUGUUGACACUGGAGCAGUGCCCCUGCUUCAGCAUCAUGAACAAACUGAAGCUCAGUGCCUUUGCCGCUUUGUGCACCGCCCUGUCAGGCCUUUGUGGGAUGGUGGCCCACAUGAUGUUUACCACUAUAUUCCAGUUGGCUGUCGCUAUGGGGCCAGAGGACUGGAGGCCCAAGACCUGGGACUACAGCUGGUCCUAUGUCUUAGCGUGGGGCUCUUUCGGCACCUGCAUGGGCUCUGCAGUGACUGCACUGAACAGGUACACGAAGACCAUCGUAGAGUUUAAAUACAAGCGGCGGAACAUCGAGAAGAGCAUGAUGAUCAAGAAGAAGAUGAUGGAGCUUGACCUCCCCGAGCAGAUGUGGGACAUGUAUCUGACUGCUGUGCCCGCUGACACAGAGGUACCGCUACAACUGCCAAUCAACGGCCUGAAGCCCCCAACAGGAACAACGUAUGUGAUGGAAAAGGACAGUGUACAAGGAGAAGCAUAUUGCUGAGAAUAGAUUGACCCAGUCCCUGUGCCUCACUGGAAAAGGGCUGAUUUUCUGGACAAAGAAUCUCCUAAUGUUUGUUUGGUUCCUCGUUACACAUCAAAUGUGUUACUGGGAAACCAGAGACAGAAUCUUCUUUCUGAAAGAAGACUAAUGUCCGUGCUCCGGGAAGAUUUUAUGCACGUUUUCCGAAACCCUCCAAGUAUGAAAUGAACCAGUACAAUCUGAAAUCAUGGGAGAAUGUGUAACCAUUAGUUUAAGCGAGAUAACCAUAAUCUCAGUGGAAUUGUUACUGUGCUACACUAUCAUGGGUGGAUUACAGGGUCAGAGGGGCCCAAAGUAUCAGGGGGCCUCUGGGCCACAGACUGUCAGUGAUAAUAUAGAAAUCCGAUUGAAAAGUCAAUCAACCAUGAACAACAACAGAGAGAUUAAAAAAACAAAAAAAACAUUUAACAUAAGAGGUUUGUAUGUAUUAUGGGUGGUGGGGGGGGGCAUGUUAAAUGUUUGGGUGCAAGGCCCCUCCCAUAAACACUAAUCUGUAAAGAGAUUACAUUUGUCAAUAGACUUUAUUUAUGCAUGUUUAGAGCAACACUGUUAAUCACACUAUUAAUCACAACUGUUUCUUAUGAACAGACUUGUUUAAUCAUGCACCUCAUAUGCAGGAAUGAUGAUAAAUCAGUUUAACCUGAUUUGCCCCAUUGCCUCACUGCAAGAAGGUUCCCGGUUCAAAUCCCAGCCUGGCCUAUAGGUCUUUCUGUGAGGAGUUUGCCUGUUCUCCCCGUGUUGGUUUGGGUUAUCUCCGGCUUCCAUCCACAUUUCAAAGACACGUAGACUUGGGAUAAUUGGAGACUCUAAAAGGUGUGAAUAUGAGUGUUAAUGGUUUGUCUUAAUCUGCAAAUAUGCUUGAGUCAAAAAGUUUUACAUUUCUGAUGGUGCUCACUUGGAAUGAUCUGUGAUGGUGGGUGUUGCUUCUCUAAUGCGCAGUUUAAUUUCCUAAUUUUACCCACGUUUAAAAUGUUGUCGGAAGAAAUUUACAUCUCAGUCAAAUUUACAUCAGGAGUUUGCUCUUUAUGUGUCUUUGCAGAUGCUGUGUUUGAUGGUCACAGCUCCACUGACUCAUCCUGAGUU